AUGGCAGGCAUAACAUAUGUGACAAAAGGCUACUCAACCUACACUGAUAUACCCGCCCAACAAGGUAGCUAUGAUCACGGCUCGAACAAGAUUGACUGGGCCCACACGCCAACAACUGGGUACACCGACUUUGUUGGUUCGCCAUCGAAAAUGGAGCUCCUGAAGGAAUAUGUUCAUUCCCCAACAAAGUUCAAUAGUCCGAAUCAUGGGUUUAACUAUGAGAACUCAAGCUCUCCAACAUUCCACAAUGAAGGAAGUUGGACCAUGAAAACUAGCCCGAAGAAGUAUCCUCAUUCAAGUCCGGUCCAUGGUUACCAUUCAGAUGAAUCCCAUAUGGUUCAGUCUGGACCGGGCUUUGUAGCCAGACAGGUUAGGACCGGAAUCAUUUCUGGUCCACCGAUGACACAUCAUCCUCUUACAACUUCGACCAAUAAUAUCAACGAGGCCUUGGGUUUUCUGGAAUCAAUGACUCAUUCUCCACGGUCGGACCCAAGGCAAAGAGGGGUACUUGAUGAACUCUCCAUCCGUGCUCAACCAGCAGAACCACAGAAGCGAUAUGCACGUCCUACGUUUGUUGCUAAACCUAAUGACGUAUACAGAAACAACUAUUGA